AUAGGCGAUUCUAUUUUCCAUCAACGCGCAUGCGCAGAGUUCUCCUGCGGCUUGCCGUAGGAAAGCGAACGUCAUCUGAAUGAGAAUGAUUUCUCUCAGACAGUUCUUCCGCCAGGCGUCGCUGUUUGCCGCGGCUCCGGGGUUAACGGCUCUGAUGAGCGGCUCGGUUCUGGCUGCCAGCGAGGGGAAGAAGAAGAAGAACUCCCAGGCCGCUCUGAGCAUCGACGAGUUGCCAUCCCUCUACACCAGACCCGAGGCGCCGCUGGCGCCGCUGGAGCCGGAAGCGGGUCAGCUGGAGCAGAGCAUGGCGUCGAUGAGGAAAUGGGCCACGCCGUACACCGACAGCUGUCAGCAAAAUGUCCGACUGGCAGCAGAGGAAGCUGAGGUAACUUCAGACCGAGUCAUUAAGCGGGUGUACAGAACGGCGGAGCCGACCCUGAACGCAUCGCUGUCGACCAUCAGAGAAACGUACCGGUUCCUCAGCGACCCGCCUCCGGACCUUUAUCCCAGCGCCGCCGCCAUCGGCUUCUCCGGGUUCCUGGGACUCUACCUGGCCAGAGGCUCCAGGCUGAAGCGCGUGGCGUUUCCUGCGGGCCUCAUGGCGCUCAGCGCCUCCAUGUUUUACCCCCAGCAGGCCGCCGGCCUGGCCCAGUUGAGUCGAGACCAGGUGCUCACCUGGACUCGGCAGGGCCGCGUUGCCAUGGAAACUCUGUGGAAAGAUCCCCUGUUUGGCAAGAAAAAGGUGGUGAAACCCGGGAAGUCGGAGGGAGCAGAGAGCAGCGGCAGAAACGGCUGAUCAGCUGAACAGAGCGGCGCUCUGAAGGACGGACGCCUGGUCCAGGAAGCAGGAAACCUUCUUCCUCCUCCGCUCGUCAUCGUUUUCUGUCUCCUGUGAGCUGAACACCUUCAGACCGGCGCCAACACGAACUCUCAGUUCUCUGGAUCGUCUCGUCUUCCUGCUGACAGGGAAUCAUCUGCAGUUCUGUUUCCUCACUGGUUCUGUCCAAACCAAGCAGAACCCGCCUGCAGCACACCUCACUGCCGUCUCACACCUCCUGUUGUUUUACAGUCACCAUCCAUCCAUUUUCUUUCAUCCUUGUCCCUCAGUGGGGUCGGGAGGGUUGCUGGUGCUUCUCCAGCUAACG